AUGAUGUUCUUACCAACCGCAACGCUCACUCUUAUCUGGCGAGGUAUAGCUAGGUUGCUACGCUUUAACGAACAAUCUGUCGCCUUUAUUCCCAAAACCUACGAACAACAAUCUAUCGACUCAAUCCCCAAAAUCUACGAAGAGCAAUCUGUCGACUUCAUUCCCAGAACCUACGAAGAAGAUAUAAGGAAGAGAGGAGUGGAGCCGGCAGCUCGUUCGCUCAGACUUGUGUACCAUUCCGCUCACCGCGAAUGGCAUGUCAAGGUUACCUUUAAAGGCACGCUUCAAGCGGUCCAGACAAGCACUUUUGCGUCAAAACCUGAACGGCGAACACAACUCGUGAACCUCUGCCUCUGUAUUGACUUUGACCGCCUGGAGCUCCUAGACGACACAGUCACCGAGCUUAUCAUUACAUACCAGCAAGGUGCGACCACUACCACUCGAUCAUGCCAGACGAUACAUUUCAAGUCAACGCCAGACAUAGAAUCAGAGUACGCCUCUAUUGCCAACCGACUAUGUGUUAUCAUACGAAAAGACCCAUACCGUGUACGAUUUCCAACGUUCGAAAAUACCGUCGAUCCUAUUCACACAAGAGACUUGUCGCAAAUAACCAAAACACAAGAGUUUAGCAUGGGCGUCUGUAAGGCAUGCGUGAAUAGUGAUGAGACUACAUAUGUAUACAAGGAAGUGGACAGGCCCCUAUAUGAACCAAGAGAUACUAACGUGCUGGAACAAGAGUUGCAUAACUUGAAACUAUUGCGUGGCAUUGAAGGUGUCGCGCAACUCGUUGCUGCUGUUGUUUCCGGGAAUCCGUACCAAACUAUAAAAACCAGUAAAGUGGAUAAUCAGACUGUCUUGCGGGGGAUUUUACUUGAGUAUCAUUCGAAUGGCACGUUGGAGGAUGUACUACGGUCGCAAACGAAGAAACGUCCCUGGCGUCAAUGGGCUCUUCAACUCACUGAUACACUCAGCAAACUUCACGCAUACUGUAAUGGUAAUUUUGGGAUUAUCACGGGGCAAAUAUUUGAAUAG